AUGUCAUCUCACUUUCAUCAGAAUGAUUUGAUGACACCUUAUCCAUUGGAAUCAAAACGUGUUUCAAGAAUAACUCUGGCUUAUUUCGAGGAUAUAAAGGGUCCUAAUUCAGGUUGUUUUAAUGAUGAAACACAAACAUAUGUUAACAAAUCUGGAACUUACACUAUAAAGAAGAAAUCAUCUUGUCAUAAAAAAAGAUCGUUGACCAAUAAACAGUUGCAAAUCAUCUUAGUUUAUGAUGAAGAUUUAGAACAGAAUCAAGCCUUUCCGAAAAUAAAGGUAAGUCUUGUUUUUGAUUAUAGUUCAGUAUUUGAUGAUGUGAUAAGUUGGCCUAUUUUGGGCGUAUUGAAUUAUUGUCUGCCUGAGAAAGAAUCAAUCACAAUAUCCGAUGACAUACUGGUCAAUGUGAUGAAGCAUGAAAUGGCUCAUAUACUGUAUGUUGACAUACGGACAAUUUUUUUUCGUUCAGCAUUUGGUUAG